ACUGUUCUGAAUCUGAGUGAACACAGCCUUUUUCGGAUCCACAGAUGGAAACAGCUCGUGUGUUCAUGGUGUGGAAGUCCAGAAGCCACCUGGCCAGCUCCAAAGGUAUUGCAGGCAGAGAUGGAAAGGUGCUCAGUUUUUUGGCAGCCGAGGAAUUAUGUACUUCCAUCAGCGCUCUGCUCACCGAAAUAUUGGUCGCGGAUAUGCAGUCGUUACAAUCUGCUGGUUACGGCUGAGUGAACUAGUUCAUGCGUGAAUGAACGGCGCAAGAAGACUACGUCUGUCCAAUGUGUUGUUUGAUGUGUCGAAGAAGCAAGCCAGUUGUCUCGGUCGCAGAACAAGCGCCAAAAGUUGACCAAGAAAAAUGAAUCCGGUUAGUGGAGGAGCUGUUUCUCUGCGUCGCCUAUACUGUAUGCCACUGCAAACAUUGCUGUCAAAACAUUUCCAACACCUUUCUCUUGUAUGCUGAAGGUGGUGUUCGUUGUCCAGCGAAUUCUGCAGUGCCCGAGGAAUAGGGCGACUCCAGAAAGAGUGAGUCACUAUGGCGUGGCGAGCAGCAAUGGUCCUAAUUGCGUUCCUGGCGCUGGCAGCGGAUCGUCAGUGCUGUGGGAGUGAAGAUGUGACCUUUGAACAGAAUUGUAUAAGUGGAGACUUGCAAAACACACCCACCACUACACCAAGCAAUGCCUUUCAGCAGGCAAUGCAGACAAACACAUUCAAGUUUGAUGCAACGUCAAAAAAGUGUGUUAUCACUUCCCAAUAUAAAUGCAACCCUGGAUAUGGUUUCAGGAAAGGCAGUGCCCAGAAUUGGGGUCAGAAAAUCAGGUUCGAAUCAAAUGAUGGCAUUGAGUGGACUGUUCAGAAGGAAUGUACUGAGAUCACUACAUAUUGCCCAGAGCCUGAAAGUGUGCUGAAUGGAAUGAUGGUUGACACUGACAACACUGGCCGUAUACUAGGUUCAACACGUACAUUCCGGUGUCAAGAUGGAUACAUGCUGGGAGCUGAAAGUAAUGCUGUCAUAACAUGUAUUGAAGAUAUGGUCAGAACGGGGCUCUGGACACAGCUUCCUGUGUGCGAAGAGAUCACUACAUAUUGCCCAGAGCCUGAACGUGUGCUGAAUGGAAUGCUGAUUGACACUGACAACACUGGCCGUACACUAGGUUCAACACGUACUUUCCGGUGUGAGGGUGGAUACAAGCUGAAAGCUGGAAAUAAUGCUUCCAUCAGAUGUGCUAAAAACAUGUCCAGAACAGGGCUCUGGACACAGCUUCCUGUGUGUGAAGAGAUUGACUGUGGAGACCCAGAACAGGUUGCCAAUGGCCAACAUGCUCUCACCUCUACUGUUUAUGACAGCCGUGUUGGCUACUCAUGUGACAGUGGUUAUGAACUGGUCGGGGAUGCCAGUGUCAGGUGUCUGCUGAAUGGACAAUGGAGCAGCCCAGUACCACAGUGUGUCCCAAUCACGUGUGCUGACCCAGGCAAGCCAAUGUUCGGUAGUCGUGAGCUGGAGGGACUGGUCUACCAGAACCGUGUUGACUGGGCUUGCAACGAGGGUUACAACCUUGUAGGAUCACUGUCUGCUAUCUGCCAGGCCGAUCGUACCUGGACCAGCCAUGUACCUCGAUGCGAACGGAUAUUUUGUGAAGAUCCUGGUCAACCUACUAAUGGUCGAUAUACACACAACGGAUUUGAGUUUGGAAAGACUGUAAGAUACACUUGUAAAACAGGUUAUGAGAUGCCACAAGGUACACUCACAGUGACAUGUAUAGGAACUGGACAAUGGUCUCAAGCCAAGCCUACAUGCCAACGUAUUAGCUGUCCACAACUCGAUUCACUUGCCAAUGGUGAAUCCAGACGUACAGGUGUGAGAUACCAGGAUACAGUAACUUAUGAAUGUAGUACAGGAUAUUUCAUGGUGGGUCAUCCAACUGGUACUCUGACAGCAACGUGUAUGGAAACCAAGGCAUGGUCUCAGCCUAAACCCGAGUGUCAACGUAUAUUUUGUGUAGAUCCUGGUCGACCUACUAAUGGUCAAUAUGUACGAAACGGAGUUGAGUAUGGAAAGACAAUAAGAUACACUUGUAAGACAGGUUAUAAGAUGGAGAACAUACCAAGUGGUACACUCACAGUGACAUGUGUAGGAACUGGACAAUGGUCUCAAGCCAAACCUACAUGUCAACGGAUAAUUUGUGAAGAUCCUGGUCAACCUACUAAUGGUCAAUAUGCACAGAGAGGAUUUGAGUAUGGCAAGACUGUAAGAUACACUUGUAAAACAGGUUAUGAGAUGCCACAAGGUACACUCACAGUGACAUGUAUAGGAACUGGACAAUGGUCUCAAGCCAAACCUACAUGCCAACGUAUUAGCUGUCCACAACUCGAUUCACUUGCCAAUGGUGAAUCCAGACGUACAGGUGUGAGAUACCAGGAUACAGUAACUUAUAAAUGUAGUACAGGAUAUUUCAUGGUGGGUCAUCCAACUGGUACUCUGACAGCAACGUGUAUGGAAACCAAGGCAUGGUCUCAGCCUAAACCCGAGUGUCAACGUAUAUUUUGUGUAGAUCCUGGUCGACCUACUAAUGGUCAAUAUGUACGAAACGGAGUUGAGUAUGGAAAGACAAUAAGAUACACUUGUAAGACAGGUUAUAAGAUGGAGAACAUACCAAGUGGUACACUCACAGUGACAUGUGUAGGAACUGGACAAUGGUCUCAAGCCAAACCUACAUGCCAACGGAUAAUUUGUGAAGAUCCUGGUCAACCUACUAAUGGUCGAUAUACACACAACGGAUUUGAGUUUGGAAAGACUGUAAGAUACACUUGUAAAACAGGUUAUGAGAUGCCACAAGGUACACUCACAGUUACAUGUAUAGGAACUGGACAAUGGUCUCAAGCCAAGCCUACAUGCCAACCCCGACAAUGUCCCACUCCAGGAAAACCUGACUCCGGACAAUAUCGUGUAGCACGGCAAGGGCAAUAUGUCUCGAGACCUUUCCAAUAUGGUGACACUGUUUUAUGGUUUUGCAAUAAAGGAUUCACAGGAAAUACCCGUGCUGUAUGCCAGGCAGAUGGUAGAUGGAGCAAGAACACACCAACCUGUACACGUAUAAGUUGCCAAGACCAAGGACGGCUUGUCAAUGGAGAUAGCACAUCGACAGGUCAACAAUUUGGUAGUAGAGUAACAUAUCGAUGUCAUAAAGGCUUCUACAUGGAGGGUUCUACAAGUGGUGUUGUUACUACACGAUGUUUAUCCGACACAAGGUGGUCUCAUGAUAAACCCACUUGUUUGCCCCGGGCAUGUCCUGAUCCAGGCAGUCCUACAUUUGGUGCCUUCUCUGUUCAAAUGGGAGUACAGCGUGCCAGUCUGACACCCUACCUGUACAACGACACUGUCACAUGGACAUGUUAUAUCGGCUAUUCUACUACUCAACCUACUACUGCUGUGUGUCAGGCUAAUGAAAGAUGGAGUAACAACCGCCCAGGCUGCCAAAGGAUAACAUGUGGAAAUCCUGGUCGACCUGAAAAUGGCCAGGUUACGUCUAACGGAUUUGAUUAUGGAAAGACUACAGUAUACACUUGUAACCAAGGUUAUGAGAUGCAGAACAUACCAAGUGGUCAACUCACAGUGACAUGUACAGGAACUGGACAAUGGUCUCAACCCAAACCUACAUGUCUACCCCGCCAAUGUCCCAUUCCAGUAACACCAACAUCUGGACAGUAUUAUGUAGAACGGCUAGGACAGCGUCUCUGGAGACGAGGUCCUUUCCAAUAUGGUGACAUUGUUAGAUGGGUGUGUGAUACAGGAUUCACAGGGAAUACCGAUGCUGUAUGUCGAGCAGAUAGUACAUGGAGCAAGAACACACCAACCUGCACACGUAAAAGCUGUGCUGACCCUGGUGCACCUACCAAUGGUAACUACACAGUGACUGGCUUGAAGUACGAGGAUACAGUUACGUACACCUGCAGACUUGGCUAUGACAUGCAGAAUCAUCCAAAUGCUUCUCUUACUGGAGUGUGUAUGGCCAACAGGAUGUGGUCCCGUACAAAACCCACAUGCGAGAGCAUUAGGCGCAAUUCAAGCAAUGCAAAGCUCGUUACUCGGAUGAAACAAGAGGUCCUCAGCACAUAUGGGAGCAUCCUCCAGGCAUUAUCGGAUCUUCAAGUCGUUGUGACCAAUUCUGCUCAGAAAAUGCUAUCAUGGAGCUAGUCACACCCGGGCAUUGCCCUGUAAGCCAUCUCUCAAACGUUUGAAUAUUUUCGGAGCAAUGUCACAGUCCACUCUGCCACCCACAGCACUCUCCAGAGUGUAUCAGUUUAUGCACAGUAGUGGCACGUCACCACAUAAUCCAUGCACAGUAGUCACACGUCACCGCAUAAUCCAUGCACAGUAGCCUAUACACUGUAACCACACUCCGUCUGAUAGUCUACACAGCAUAUUCUUAGUUUUGCUUGUAUCAUGUGAGUGCACCAUGUCUGCUCAUAGUCUCACACCUGCAAACAUUCUAAGUACUGUAGUUUCGUUAGAAAAAAAAGAUAAUAUACACAAUCGGUUUUGUUCCAUUUCUAAAAGCUAUUCACUUUAUUUCAAUUUCGCACCACUCUCGCAGAAUCUCAAAACCUUCAACGGUGUUUAGUUUUUAGCCUGUCUAUUCUUAUGAAUAUGUUUGCUUCAUUUUGAUUUCGUUUUCUAUCGUUUGAGGCAGUGCAAUUCGUGUAUCUUGUGUUGAAACUGCUGUUGUUUGUUUCUUUGCACCUAUCGGGAUUUGCAGAAGCAUACAUAGGAAGUACAAUGAACAGUUUGGCGACAAGGAGACAAAUUUUAAUCCGAAUCGAUAAAGAAUAUGCACAGUCAUUCUAUGCAAUCAUGCAUCUA